CACUACCUCCGCAGCCACACAGCGAAUUGAGCACUGGUAGUUGUAGUUUUAUUCGCCCUCUACUCCUAUUGGCUGCUGCUCGUCCUGCCCCUUUCUCCUAUUGGCUGCUGCUCGUCCUUCUCCACUAGACUGUUAUAGUAAUUUAUGUACUGCACAUGCGCGCCGAAUCGAUUACUAACCGAAGACGAGACGCGUGAAGAUGGCUGGACUGAGGCUGAGGGCUGCUGACCAGCUGCGGACACUACUAUCUCACGGGGCCCGGAACAGCAGAUGUUCAGCGAGUGCCUAUAGUACCGCUCCUCAACAGAGAAGCACCGGGGACAAGACUCCUAAAGUGGAAAGUACCGAUGAAAAGACUUAUUCUGUCUUAUCCCUGGAGAAGAAGGCUCUGAAGCUUGAGGAGCAAGUUCAGGAUUUAACAUUGCGUUACCAAAAAGCUGUAACAGACGCUGAGACUGUUAGGAAAAGAACCCAGAAGUUUGUACAGGAUGCAAAACUCUUUGGGAUCCAAAGCUUCUGCCGGGACUUGGUGGAGAUAGCAGAUAUCUUAGAACAUGCAGUGAAUGAAGCGGAGAAGCAGGGGAAGAAGGAUCUGUCAGAAAUCUUAAGUUCAGUUGAAUCAAAGCUGCAAAGCAUUUUCACAAAAAAUGGACUACAUAAAAUGACCCCCAUGGGAGGAGACUAUGACCCUUACGACCAUGAAAUAGUCUGUCAUGUGCCAGCAGAGGGAAGAAGGCCCGGGAGUGUUGCCACCAUACAGCAAGAUGGAUACAAACUACACGGUAGAACCAUACGUCAUGCUCAUGUUGGGAUUGCGGUGGAGACACAAGAGUCAUAAAUAAUGACUGAUUCAAAUCCCCUUCUAUGUUCCUCUGAAAAAAUCCCCAUUAUUUAUUAUUGAUAGAGUUUAGAUUACUAGUUUGUACUUCUUUUCCUUACUUUACCUAAAGACGUUACUCGGAGCCUUUAUUCCUCAGGAGUCGCCGGUUACUCCACUGCCGGAGUGCCUUAAUCUAACCUCACAUUGGCGCAGUUCUUCCACUGUGCUUUACAAUCAUCUCUGGGAUUAAGGGACUAUCUCACAUCCUCAUUUUAUUUAUUUUUUUAGUGUAUUAUUUAGAUUACUUCGUAAAUAUGUUAUAUGUUGUAGAGUAUUUUUUCUUAACGCUCUCCUUAGGGAUGGAGUUCUAUACAAAAGCUAAAAAGAAAAUAUGUUGUAGUUAUUUGGUACUAUUACAUUUAGGUUGUAUUUGUUUGCACAUAGUUCACCUCUUUACCUGCUUUACUGUUAAAUGUAUCUGGAAUCUGCAGUGGAGGUUCCUAAUAGCCAUUGAUAAAGAUGUUAACAGCCUCAUUUUGAAGUAAUAUCCCCCCCCCCCCCCCAAUUAAAUUUUUCUGUAUUAGCUGAAAUGUAAUUAUAUCUUUAAUUCUGCUUCUCAUUAAGAGUGUUAAACCUAUGUUGUGCUCACAUUUGCUUUGUGGCUUCCGUGCCGAGCAUUGUCUACAUGACACCAUAGCAAGAAUAGUGUUGUAUGUUUUCCUAUUCUUGUCAUCAAAAGUGACGGAACUGAACAGAGCUGGGAAAUCUGUGCUACAGUGUAGUGGUCUCUAAACUGUGGACUUUCAGCUGUUGCAAAACGGCAACUCCCAGCAUGCCUGCACAGCCAUUGGCUGUCCAAGCAUGCUGAGAGUUGUAGUUUUGCAACAGCUGGAGCUUCAAAUUUUGGAGACCACUACUAUAGAGCAAAGAAACUGAUCUCUGUCAUGAGUAUUAGCUGGCCUAGGUAUAAUGGCCUUGUACACGGCAGAAUGUUCGAGCUGAAAAAUACAGCUAAGAAAUUCUGUUUCAGCAGAAUCCCAUUGUUUUUAUUGGGAUUUUCUUGCUCCGUGCACACAGUGGAAUUUCUGCCACGGGAAUUCUAUUUCCAGCCUCUGCAGAAACUGACAUUUCAGUUCUUUUUGCGGAAUGUGAUCAAAAAUGCAUUUCCGUCUAUGAAGAAAUGUGCAUUUCUAAGCAGUCCUGGCAUCGGCAUGCUCUGCCAAUGUAUGCAGGAUUUCACUGUGUAAACCCAUUUAGGGUAAAUUCAGACGAGCAGAUUUUCGCAGCGUAUUUCGCUGCGGAUCCGCCGCUGAAGGACCCUCUGUAUUCUGCCUUUAUAUGUGCCUGCUCGGAGCGGCAAUACGCCGCUACGAGCAGACACACUGCGAUGCGAGUCGCAGUAUACUCGCACAUCGCGGCAGCUCUCUGCCUAGCUCAUUGAGCAGGGGAAGCGGCCGCGCAUGCGCGGCGACUCGCACAUCACAGGGUGUCUGAUACGCCGCUCCGUGCAGGCAUGUUUAAGGACACCCUACAGAGGUCCUUCAGUGGCGGAUCUGCAGCGUAAAAUACGCUGUAAAUCCGCACGCGUGAACGUACCCUUAUGAGUACACAUGAGUAUUUUCAGCUGCAGAUUUUGGGUAGCAAAAUUUGCAGCAGAAAAUAUACACAUGUGAACUUACCCUAAAAGGUUAUAUGGGAAAGGGUGUGUUUAUUUUUUUUAUUUUAUUUUUUUGGGGCAUUUCCCUACUGGGUCCCAACCAGCUUUUUGGAGCUAGGUAUGACACCCUAUGGCCAUCUAAAUAAAGGGUUAAAAUGUUGUGUGCUGCGUAGACCCUUAAUGCCACAUCUUCACUCUCUCCUAUUGACAAUUUUAAAAAGAAUUGAAUAUAUAUAUUUUCUAUUAACUCCUAAAAGGACAUAAAAAAAAAUUAUGUUUACAGAUUUCUUUUGUUCUGUAACUGCCACGGAUGUUUACAGAUGCCAGGCUGCUAGUCUAUAGCAGUGUUUUCCAACCAGGCUGCCUCCAGC